GAGAGGGGUGGCGAGUGUAUGUCGCGGGGCGAUUCCGCAUUUCGGCCCACGACCGCCGAACGAGCGGGUGUCGUUCUCUCCACGUCGUGACAGGCAGCGGCCGCAGAAGUGCGGAUUCGCGGAAGUGCGGGCGCGUGCGCGCGUACGGUUACCGGGUAGUACCUAUCUACCUCCGUACAGCUACCUAAUUAGCUAGCUAGCUAACUACCUACUUGGCUGGCCCGCGUAUCCCGCGUAUCUCUUGCCGCGUUUCGUUGGUGCCGCGAAGCCGGCGGUCGCGAGGCUCGAAUUUCACCUACAACGACGACGUGUCGAUGACGAGGAUGCCACGGGUGUCGGGUAGAACGGCUGAACCGUGACGCGAGCGCGGCGACAGUGUCGAGCAGGCCAAGAAGAGGCUAUCGAUUCCGCGGCUAGGUGGUUGGUGCUGAUACAUCGGAGCUUCCUAGAGAGAGAGAGAGAGAGAGAGAGAGAGAGAGAGAGAGAGAGGGAGAGAGAGAGAGAAAGAGAGUCGCCGUCAUGCCUGCCUCCGGCAUGGGGGUGAGCGUCGCCGAGUACGCGGUACCGCGCCCGGGCCGGAUCGGCCGCGACGCGCGGUGAUCGACGCGCGCGGUCGCCACCGACGACGCUGAUGCGCCCCGACGGCCUCGGCUUGCUGAUCCUCGUCAACGAUAUCGACCCCGCCAGCGAGAGAGCGCUCGCCGAGCGCGUUCGUGCAGUGAACGAGCAUGUCGCUACCCCGCGGCGUCGGCCUCGGCGUCGACGUGGGCCAAUUGAUGCAGCAUCAGCAACAGCAACAGCAACAUCAUGUGCUGCCGGCCGCGUUCUUCCUGCGCGCCAGUGCCGAGAGGUACCAGCGGACCCCCAAGUGCGCGCGAUGUCGUAACCACGGGGUCGUGUCCGCGCUCAAGGGCCACAAGCGCUACUGCCGAUGGCGGGACUGCGUGUGUGCCAAGUGCACCCUCAUCGCCGAGAGGCAGCGCGUCAUGGCCGCACAGGUCGCGCUCAGACGGCAGCAGGCCCAGGAGGAGAGCGAGGCGCGCGAGUUGGGCCUGCAAUUGCAAUACAAUACCGGCAGCUGCACCACCGCCCCCGUUCUGCCGGCGGCCGCCGGCGCGACGCCAGCUGGUAGCCCGCCCCCGCACCCGGCGCACGUAGGGAGUCCGGCGGGCAUCGCGAUACCCGCGGCGGCCGCGGCCGCCGCCGCCGCCGCCGCCGCGCACAUCCAGACGCAGCUCCAGCACCAGCCAGAAUGCGGCCUCCUGCCGAGGAAGAGGUCCACGCAGGACGAGUAUCGGCAGCCCAAGGUCGAGAAGGGCGACGCUAUCGUCGGCGGCGGUGGCAUCACCGGAUCAAAGCGAUCCAGGAUUUCUGAAAGCACGACGGCAACGAUCCUGUCGACCAGCGAUACUGGUAACGAGGACGACCGCGAUUCCGACUCCGGCGGCGAAUUGCGAGCCGACCGUUCACUCGUGGUGUCGACGUCGUCGGGUAUACCGGAGUCCGAGGCGGCGAGGAAACGCACCAGCAGCCUCAACGACUCCGAAGAAGGCAGCCCCGAGCCGGGCUCGCAGAGCCCGACGCAUACGCCGCCGCUAACCCCUGCCCUGACGCCGCAGAGGGAGGACACCCCGGCGCCGGAGAACCUCAGUCUACGCAAGAGCGGAAGCCCGCUGCAGACGCAGCAGACUCUGCAACCGGUGGAUCUGGUACAGCCUAGACCUAGUCCCCCGCUACCCUCGCUAGCUGCCGCGGCGACGGCGGUGCAUUUUCCGCCGUAUGCACCUCUCUACGGGCCGACGGCGAGCUCGCUGUACUGCUCGCCGGCGUUGUAUCAGCACCAGCACCAUCAUCACAUACCGGAGCCGCGAGAGAUUCAAAUGCAGAUGCAGAUGCAGAACAUUCAGCAGACCUGCGGGCUGCAGCAGCUGCAGCAGCAACAGCAGCAGCAGCAACAGCAGCAGCAACGCUCGCCGGUGGACGUUCUGCUGCGCGUGUUCCCCGGAAGACGUCGCGCCGACGUCGAGGCUCUCCUCCAUCGUUGCAAAGGCGACGUGGUGUCCGCCAUGGAGGUGCUGGUCUGCGAGGACAGUCUGCAGCCGAAGUCGGCGUUCUCGCCGUUGGCGGGCGCCCUGGCGUCGGCCGCCGCGGCGUCCGCGUCCGUCUCGGCGGCGUACGCGAGCCGCGCCGCGUACUGCACCACCCCGAUACCGUCUACGCGGCACCGCUUCUUGGCGGCGCCGUACACCGGCACCGGCUACCUGCCCACGGUCAUCAAGCCGCCGAGCCAGAGCCUGCACGCCAACGGCACCGGCGACGCCUACCGGGAGACCAGCCCCGACGACGCCAGCGACAAGACCAGCUACUCCGAGUGACCUGACCCAGGUCACCACGCCGCCUGGUCGUACCUUCAGUAGCGUCCUAACGGGCCACGACGACGACGACGACGACGACGACGACGACGAUGACGAUGACGACAACGACGACGACAACGCGACGAGGAAUCGCUCGCUCUCGCGACGCCUCGAUGUGUGUAGCUCGGCCGGAAAUUGUUCCCGAAACAACGACGCGAUCGUUCGAUCCGUGUCUUGCCCGAGCUGAGCGAGAAGGGAGAUCGUUCUCGAAGAGGGUGAGGUGCUCGACAACGCGGAGACGCUUGAGAUCGCGCGACGGUGGGAUCAACGGCGUCUGUCGAGAAACUAGUUGCGACCAAGUUGGGAUCAGCUGCUGGCUGAUCGAUUAUCAGCCGAUCGUACCUUCCCGGUAAACGAGUUUGAGUCUCCCGAGUAAUAAGCUCGCUCGUAAGCUCUGAAUGCGCAGAGUAGCGUGAUGAAUGGAUCUCUACCGGCGGGUUGUCGUUGAACGUUGCGUUCUACCGACGGAAGAGCGUAAUGAAAAAAGGAGAAGAAGAGAGAGCGAGGAACGUAAGAACGAAGAAGGGAUAGAGGACAUAACUCUGUGAGACGUAACAUUGCAAGCGCCAAGAUAUAUGACGGAAAGGUUCCGUUUGAAGGAAGAAACCAGCCACCACUUCCAGGAGAUCCAUGAAGUUUAUAUCGUCUCAAAGAGAGACCCCGACGCGGUGUUGGGUCUGCUCGUGUCACCGACACGCCUGCGGCCGGUACGCAUCGCCGAACACGACGACGUCGCAACGAGGCUGUUCCAGAAUGAAGACAAUAAACGAGCCGUUGUCUCGAAGGGAAGAAGCCGCGAACGCUCGGGAGGUGUUCGCGCCGAGAUGUCGAAGACAGUCGACAGGGGUGUCUGACAAUCCACUUUAGUAUCCUACGCAGUUGGCACGUUGCGUAUGCUGUGCAACAUCGAAGCGCAUCGGUGAUAAGGGAGAGGACGAGCGGAGGAGCGCUGGGAUCGAGUCGGCAUCAUCGAAAAGAUCGAGAGGGGAAGUGGAAGAAGAAAAAGAAGAAGAGGAGUGCCAACGGAUGACGAGAAAAAUUCAGUUCAGGCUGCUGAUUCAUCUCAUCGCAGUAUACUUUAUACAUGUGUAGAUAAAGACUUAUCAUAGACAGA